AUGCCGAAAGCUGUAAGAAAGAUGCUGGAAAAUGGUUAUUCUCACGAUGAACCCGAUCGAAUACCAAAAAAUAUAACAAUUACAAAUUUAGAUUUAAUUAUGUAUAUUGUUGCUAUUGUUGGGCAUUUUGUGGAUUUAGGCCUGGAUAUAAAUAUAGCAGUACGAUAUUCAUUGUCAAGAAAAAUGUUGGAAUUUGGAUGGACUUUAGUAUUUAUUUUGUUACCAGCAUUUGUGAAUACUGCCGUUUCGAUACGCAUGUAUUCCCAAGAUAAAGAACAAGAUUCAAUAUCAAAUGAAUUCACAAAAAGAAAAUGGUUAAGGAUAUUUAUAUUGGUGUUGCAAAUGGCACCAAUUUUGCGUUUUACAGAUGCUCUUAUUUACGCUAUAAAGUCUCGCCGAGCUGAACGUAAGAAGGACCCGACCUCACAGCGCAUGUACUACGGGCUCAUGCUCAAGGAGGACUCGGACGCGGCAUUGUUGAGGAUCUUCGAGUGCUUCCUCGAGGCCGCCCCCCAGCAGGUGCUGCAGACUACCUUGUUGUUGCGACAGUAUGACCACCUGGCAGUGCACCAGAUGCUGUCGAUCAGCUCCUCCAUCGUGGGCAUGGGGUGGUGCCUGGCGGCGUACCAGCGCGCGGUGCGCUUCGCCCAGGACAAGGCCAACAUGAGCUGGUGCGGCACCAUCUUGCAGCUCGCCUGGCACUUCCUAGUUACUUUAAGUCGAAUAACAUCCAUAUCAAUAAUAGCAUACCUGUACCCUUACUGGACGGUGCUGGCCUGCUGUGUCCACAUCCUCAUCAUGACCUCAUGGCUCCAGUUCUUCGAUAAACCACCAUUCUGUUCACAAAACAAACUGUGUGAAGUGGCUUUUUCAUGCACACUCGGAGGAGUCUAUCUCUUCACCUACAUACUACCUAUUGAAGGCAAAACAAGGGAAAUUAGAAUGUCUUUAUAUUUUUAUCCAUUCUUAGCUCUUGGCAUAUUACCUUUUAUACUUGGAUUGGUCUUCAUGGUGUUAUACUAUGGGUUUUUUCAUCCAAAGACUUGUGCUGUGAGUGAUGUGAUGGUAUCUUUCAAGCGUAACGACGAUAUCGAAUUUAGU